AUAUCAUAUUGUGCAAAAAAAUAUUGGUUCUACAAAGAAACAUAUAUUCGUGCCAGUUAUUCAAACAAUAUUCGCACCACUUAUCCUACUACAAUAUUGGAUUCCUCGAGUUCAAAAAAAUCUACCUUGGUUAUUCUAAGUAUAUCAAGUUUUCCUUACAUUGCGUUUUAUGUUUUCACAUCUACUAUUCAAUUUAUCUAGUUCUUCUAGCAAACGCUGAAUUUAAUGCAACUUUCUUUGAAAAGUGAAAAUAUUAAUCAAUGAACAAUUUGGAAUUUGUAUCUUUUCUAUUCUAUACUAGCCGUAUAAUUACGUUUUGAUCUAAUACUUCAAAAACAUAUAAAGUAAGUACUCCAUCUCAGCGAUAUAAAGAAAAUAUACCUAUGUUGUCUCAUGUAGGAUUAUUUUUUAGGUUAUCCUUUAGUAUCUAAUACCGGUGUAUAAACAGGAAAGGGUAUUGUCAAGAACAAGCAAAAGUGUGCCCAAAACAAUCUCGGGGGGAAUAACUUGGUGGAGUGUAACGGUUGUUUCCAAUUUAAUACCGAUUGUUAUUAGAAAUAUUGUAUACCACAACUAAUUUUUCUAGGGAUACUUUGUUAUGGAAAAUCUAAGUUUGCAGGUAUAAAAGUAGGAUCAAAUUUUGCUCCAUGAAAUUAUUAAAUAUUCCUUAACCAAAUGUUGCUCCCAAUAUUAUGUAAUUGUGUUAUUGUUCUAGUCUUAAUAAUUAUCAAACAGCAAGCAGGAGUACUAUGUAGAAGUAAACAAGAACAGAAGCUGGAAUUGAAGCUGGAAUUGAAGCUGGAAUUGAAGCUGGAAUUGAAGCUGGAGUUGAUACAAUUAGUUAACGAAGUACGUCAAAUUAGACAAGAGAUUGAAGAAAUCAGAGUGAAGAAGCCCAAGCUGGCUAUAGAAAAAAUAAAGAUCACGAUCAUGUCACUCCUGGAUGAUAUCUUCCUUAAUGUACUAAGAUAUCUCAACCAGAUACAUGUGUGUCGUAUUUGCACGAUCAAUUCCCGGCUCUAUAAUUUGGGAAAGAUCAAGUUGUAUAGAUGCAUUUAUUUCCACAUUCGAAGUUUAAAUACUAUUCAUAUCUCGGCUAAUACUUAUACAUCGUUCUAUACCAACUUUACUAUUGUUAACAAAUGGAAUACAUUCCCUUGGAUUUCAGAAAACUCAAAUAUUACCCUUGUCAAAAAAAUGGUUUUUAGAGUGAAUGGAUUACUAUUUGAUAUAGUAAAGACACAGUAUCCUUGGAUAGAAGUCAUAGCAGAAGACCAGAAUGGUUAUUACCACUCGCAAUACCCUUUGCAAGAAUACCAUUACACUCAACUAAUAUUAUCAAGGAGAGUUGGAAUUCCUUUCCUUAAUGGAUGUCAAGAAAUGCCAUGGGUGAAGAAACUUACAAUAUAUCUAAUUGUUGUGCCAGAACAGAGUUUAAAUGAAAUUAAAUAUUUAUCUGGGUUGGAAGAUCUUGGAAUUGAUGUUGUAGAUACAGAUGACUUAGAGGAACUAUGUGAUAUUGGACUUGGAGAUAUGCCUAUCAAAAAAUUAAGGAUUCUGGUUUCAGAAUUGAUUGACAUGGAGGAACUCCAAGAGAUAACUGAAAUAUUUGAUUUGGAAAAGAUCACCAUGUUUCAGUUACAUUUAUGGGACGAAGAUACAUAUCCAGAAAACUUCAAUCUGAGUAUACAGAAGUUGCUUUCUGCCUUGGUAAAUGUCACCAGUCUUUCGAUAAUAUGCCAAAACAUUGAUUUUGAGAAGGUUCUUGAACUGAUGAAACCAAAUUCAUUACAUACAUUGCAUUUAAAGAUUGUUCAGGUUGGCAAUGAUAUACAUACCUUCCAACUAGAGAACAUUUUGAACUAUCAAGAACAUUCACUACGGAGGUUAUAUUUGAGUAAUAACAAACAACGGGAUAAGACUAAAAUGUAUGGUCUACAAGAGUUUGAAAGAAUUUACAAAAAAGAGACCAAGCCCCUCAUACCCAACCAACAACCUGUUGGGAUUUUUGAAAUCAGAAGGAUGAUAGAUGCUGGAAAGUUCCAGAAGUUGAAUCGGGUGUUGAUUAAUGAGAGCUGCUAUUUUAUUAAAAGACCUUCAAAUGGUAUGAUUCAUCUUGUUCCAUGUAAUUCUCUUAUUCCUGAUAAUCCUUAAGCAGAACUUCGUUGUGUAGGAGAACCUGUUAUAAGAAGCUGGAUCUGCUUGACUAAGGGGGGUACAGAACUUGGCAUUUUUAUAUCAGUAUUGCCUUUAUAAGUUCUAAAAAAGACCGUACUACGGUUUUUAUAGAUGCCAAGCUAAUCCAUGACUGGUAUCUUAUGACCAAUUAAACUCUUUGGCACAGUAGCGAAUUCAGAGAUAUCCAGUUAAACCCAGUAGUUGAUACUUGAUUCAGAAAAAGAAUUGCUACCUGAGUAGAGAACAGAAGAGAAGUCUUGUCUGUAGGCCAAUCACUGUAUACCAAUGCCAAAACAGAGUAGCACUUCAAAAUAAUAGAAUAUUGGCAAUAUGCUCUUUUUACGUAAUAACCUGUAAUGGGAUUUGAUAUAGUUGAUAUUAUCAACGGAUAAUCGCGUUCUUGUUCUACCAAUUAAUCGGCGACAAAAUUUCCAUCAAAGUCCGAUUUCCGAGAUCAUCCUGUCACAAAGAAAUUUAUCCGUCGGCCAUCGCCGCCAGCCAAUUAAAUUUCGCGAAAUCCAACCAUGGGGGAAAAAUUGCAGCACUAAAAUUCGGUGCCGAAGGGGGGAGUGCGAAAUAGCAUAAUGACAAUAGGAACCGUGUGGUAAACAACUAUUGUGUCAAUUUGAAGCCCAAUUGAAGUAUGUCAUUUUCUGAUGUAGACCGAUUUACACGUCGGUGUUUUACAGUGAGGUUUUUCCGAUGGGCGUGUAUCAGAGAUAACAUGUCAAUGAGAUUAGUUCUUUGAAUGUGUUUCAAGAAUUGUAUAGUGUGGAUACAACCAUUAUACUAAAGCUAAUUAGAAGAAGCAUUCAAUUGCAAAUAUCAAUAACUACAACACGACGUGUAUUUUUAGCUGAACUACUGCAACAC